AUGGGGGCGCUCUGCUGCUGCCCGCGGUUGGACGAUUUCGACGACCCGGGGGGGUAUGGCGCCGCUGCUAGAGCAGGCAGCAACGGUCGCAUGGGAGGAGCAGGAGGAGGGGGAGGAGGAGCAGCGGCGGCGUCUCGGUGCCUACUGCUACAGCAGUGCCUCUGCUUGCACUGCCUCGUUCGAUGGCUGCUGCAGUCCUACGUCAGAGUUCGUGCUCAGAUUGAUGGUCGUCCCCUUCCCGACCCUUCCGAUCCCUCCUCCUCCUCCACCCCCCUCCACGCCCCCGCUCCCUCCUCCGCGUCCUCCUCUUCUUCAGCCAUCCUCUCCCCCUCCUCCUCCUCUUCCUCUCACCAUCAUCAUCAUCAGCACCACCAAUACCAUGGUAGCACUUUUUCCUCCUCCCCUUCACCCCCCUCGUCCUCCCGCUCCCUACCAUCCUCAUCCACUGAACUCUUUCCUGAUACUUUCCGUGCCCCUGCCCCCCCUCUUCCUUUCUCAUACGACAUGGGGGGUUCACACUCCCGUGAUGCUGCGUGGUCGAGGCGGGGUGGGAGAGGAGGGAUGGGAGAGCAGAGUGCAGCGGAGAGUAGAUGGGGGAAGCGGGACGGUGGUGGAAGUGCGUUUGCUGGCGCUGCUCCUGCUCCUGGAGUUUCCGGUGGUGGUGAUGGCGCUGCUGCUGCUGCUGCUGCUGGUGCCGAUGGUGGUAGCGGUGACAGGAUGUGUUUGGCAGGAAAAGGCAGUGCUCGAUCCAGGAACAGCAGCAGCAGCAGCAACAGCAGCAGCAAUGGCAGUGGCAGUGGUGCUUGUAGCGAGACCCUGGAUUCCCGUUCCCCAUCCGUUCCGUUUCUCCAGAGACGUGUGGCAGCCGCAGCAGCUGCUGCUGCCGCUGCAGCGGCAGCUGCAGGCUCGGCCGCAGCCUCGGCGGCAGCAGCAGGUGCGGCUGCUGCAGCUUCGGCGGCAGGCGAGGAGAGAGGAGACAGAGACGGGUCGAGGGAACCACUGAUAAGAACAACUGUUGCUGCUGGUACUAGUGGCAGUGCCGGUGCUCCCCGUCGUGCUGCUGGUGGUGGUGGUGCCAGUGGUGGUGUGGGUGGGUCGCUAUCGCCCACAACUAUGGCACCAUUCCAUGUGGAAGGACCAGAUGCAUCUGGAAUGAUGCGCCUGCCCAGCUCAGAAGGGUUUCCUGCUGCUGCUGCUGCUGCUGCUGCUGGCCGUGAUAGUGCCAGUGGUGCUGAUCGUGGCAGUGGGGGUAGUGGAUGCAGGGGAGGUGGUGGUGGUGGUGGUGGUGGUGGUGUGGGUGGUGGUGAUGAGGCAGAAGCAGCACCGUCGACAGCUCUGGCAUGGUAUCUCUCUCGGGUGGCAUCAGCCACAUCUCUUGCUGAUGAGGACUGCUGCCCCACCUGCCUUGAAGUUUGGCAACAAGUGGAUGCUGCUAUUGAUCUGGCAUCUGCUGCCCGCCCUCUCUGCCUGCCCUCUCUGCCUGCCCUCUCUGCCUGCCCUCUCUGCCUGCCCACUCUGUUUGACCCACUGAUUGCCUCCUUUUCCCUUUCACCGUCCCCCUCCACCUUCCGCUCCCCCUCCGCCUCCCCUUCCCCCUUCCCCUCCACCUUCCGCUCCCCCUCCCCCUCCCCUUCCCCCUUCCCCUCCACCUUCCGCUCCCCCUCCCCCUCCCCUUCCCCCUUCCCCUCCACCUUCCCCUCCCCCUCCCCCUACCCCUCCCCUCCCCCUCCCCCUCCCACUCUCCCUCCCCCUCCCCCUCCCCCUCCCCAUCUCCCUCCCCCUCCCCCUACCCCUCCCCUCCCCCUCCCCCUCCCACUCUCCCUCCCCCUCCCCCUCCCCCUCCCCAUCUCCCUCCCCUUCCCCCUCCCCCUCCCCCUCCCCCUCCCCCUCCGCGCCUCCCUCCCCCUCCCUCUCCCCCUUCUCCCCCCUCCCCUCCCCCUUCCCCUCACCCUCCCCCUUCCCCUUCCCUCCCCCGCUCGCUCCCCUUUCUCCUCUCCCUCCUCCUACUCAGAGCAUUACCUGCAGUAA